AGGUGCCUGAUGAACUGCCAGUAGUAAUUAAUGAAACUAAGGGACCUCUGAAGUUUAUGGAUGGUCUUGGGAUUUUCUCUUUUCUUCUCUUCUCUUGUCUUCUCUUGUGAUGUAUCUAAGACAUACUUCUUUCUGUUUACUUGCAUGUAUUGAAUGCUCUAAACUGGAAACAAUGUGAAUUGGGGUUUUAGAGCAUGACCUUGGGAAUCUCUGUUGUGUUAAGCUUUAGUGCAUUUGAAGUAUGAUAACACUUAGACAAUCAUGUGUCAUCCUCAUCUAUCUACUCUUUCUAUGCCUUGUCCAGGUGUUGGCUUCUAUGUUGGAGUUGUAUAACGAUCGGCUACAGGACCUCUUUGUGAGCCCAGCUGAGGCACUGUCAAAACGCAUUGAGAUUAAAAAGGACAAAAAGGGGCUUGUAUUUGCCCAAGGAGCAGAGGCAAAGGAAGCGACUAGUGCUGGCGAGCUCUUUGCUCUCUUUGAACUGUGCUCUGCCAACCGACAUAUUGCAGCUACCAAGAUGAAUAUAGAAAGCUCUCGCUCUCACCUGAUUAUAAGCAUCAUGUUGGAAAGUCGCAACCUGGCCAAUGGCAGCAUGACAUUUGGCAAACUGAACCUUGUUGACCUGGCAGGAAGCGAGAGAGCGGCGAAGACAGGAGCUAAAGAUGACCAGCUGAAGGAGGCUAAUUCCAUUAAUAAGUCUCUGAGUGCUCUUGGUGACGUGAUCUCAGCUCUGGCUAUGGAGCAAGCUCAUGUUCCGUACCGCAACAACAAGCUAACGCAACUCAUGCAGGACUCACUGGGGGGCAAUGCCAAAACCCUCAUGUUCCUCAAUAUCUCUCCUUCUGACUGCAACCUUGACGAGACCCUUACCUCACUCAUAUAUGCCUCCCGGGUGAAGGCCAUCACCAACCACGCACAGAGAAAUAUGGAGAGCAAAGAGAUCGCUCAACUCAAAGAGGUGAUUUUGAGACUAAAAUCAGGUCAAGCUGUGGAAGAGGAAGAUGUGUGAAUGAAGCUCACUCAAAUCCAGCACUGUUUCGAUCAAGUUUUUGGAGAUUUAUUGUUUGUUUAUUAUUAGACUGUGCUUGCACUGAUGAAUUAAGGCCCCAAAUAAAAUUAAUUAUGGGUGUUUUGCCUACAGUACACUAAAUUGCCCCUAAGUGUCAACAAGUGUGUGAAUGUUUGUUUGUGUGCAUGGUGUAUUUUGAAUCUAUACAUACAACAGCCCCAAAAUGAAUAUUCAUUCAUUCAGGCAAGCAAAAACCUUCAGUGUGUAAUAAGCAAACAAAUGAUCUAAUAAUGACCUUUUUAAACAAUGCUAGGUUCUGCUAUAAAGUAUAUAGCAUGAUGUUGUUGAAAGUGAUGUCCUUGUGUAAACUGAACUCCAUUUGGGUUGUCUGGCUAAUCUGCACCAUGGCCUUGCUGGAUGACGUUAUGCCGUUUGGGUGGAUGGUGGUUACACAAGUGUGUCACAUAAAACUCAGGGCAGGAAUGUUACAGCAAGCAUGUAAAUUCUCAAGACCAACUUUAUUUUGUGCUUAUCUUUGUAAAGCAUGCUCAAUCUAAUAAUAAUAAUAAUAAUAAUAAUAAUAAUAAUAAUAAUAAUAAAUAAACCUAAUAAAUUAAACCUUCAUAGACAAAUAGCGCUCAAGUGUCUCAAGUACCAAAACUAAUUCAUUAUUCACCAGUGGUUCCUAAUAAAGUUCUCAUUAUCUACUUCCCCGAUCUUAAUCCCAUCUAAUCUUGUGUAAUCUAAACCAGUCGAUUGUAACAACCUGUCAGUCAUCUCCAAGUUCAUUACUGGUGCACACACAAACAUGUCUAAAAGUCUGUCAAUUAACAAGAACUGUAUUUAUUUCAUUAGUUGCCAUAACAAUACAUUUAACUCACUUGAUA